AUGCAGGUGGCAUGGCGAGAGCGUGAUAGUUAUUCUCGAAUUAAUGCAGCUUAUAAAGCCCUAGAAAUUAAUCCUGAAUGUGCGCCAGCUUUAAUACUGUUGGCUGAGGAACAGUGUCAGACAAUCAUGGAUGUGGAACAAACAUUAAAACGAGCUCUAAAAGUAACAGAAGCAAAUUAUCGCAAAUCUCAAUCACAAGUGCACUAUGAUUUGUCGUCAGAUCCUGUGCAUAGGCGUGAUGUCAAUUUGCUUGUUUUUGUACGCCGACGAUUGGCUAUGUGUGCGAGACGACAGGGCAGAUUGCGCGAAGCCGUCAAGAUAAUGCGAGAUCUAAUCAAAGAGUUUCCGAUGCUCAGUGUUAUGAAUAUCCAUGAAAAUCUGAUUGAGGUGUUGUUAGAGCAACAGGCUUAUGCUGAUGCUCAAGCCGUUCUUGCUAGAUAUGACGAUAUUAGCUUACCAAAAUCUGCUACUAUAUGCUUUACAUCGGCCUUGUUAAAAGUAAGAAUUGUAGCUGAUAAAUUCACACCAGAUCUGGUAUUACGUCGAGGAUUAAGUGCUGCAGAAUUGAAUGCAGUUGAUGCCAUACAUCGAGCAGUGGAGUUUAAUCCUCAUGUUCCAAAAUAUCUUUUGGAAUUAAAGCCACUGAUUUUGCCGCCAGAGCACUUGUUAAAACGGGGGGAUUCAGAAGCGAUUGCUUAUUCGUUUUGGCAUUUACAACAUUGGAAACGGAUAGACGGAGCUCUUUUAUUACUUCAAUGUACAUGGGAAGGAACAUUCCGAUUAGUACCAAAUCCGCUAGAAAAAGGACAUCUUUUUUAUCCAUAUCCAUCGUGCACUGAAUCUGCUGAUCGUGAACUACUUCCAUCUUGGCACGAUGUAUCAGUGUACCCGAAACGUGAUUUGCCAUUUUUCACUGUUCUCACGGCUUUGCUUUUCUUCAUGACUGCAGUUUUAGCUGUCGCCACUCAUCAAUAUCCAAAAGAAUAUUUACAACCCUUAACAUCGAUUACAAGUAUAUUCUUUGGCGUAGUUGAUGGCGUUUUUAGUCUUGUCCCAGACAAUGUUAUUAACCUGCUUGCUUCCAAACCUUAUGUCCCGCCAUCUAGUGAUUCUGUUGGUUAA